UAUGUUCAUUCUUUCUCUACUGCACGAUACGGUGGCUAUUCAGCCUCAUCAAUUGAGCUCUGAUCAGCAAAUUGUUAUCAAAAAACGGCUCAAUGAACGUCUCGCCAACAAAAUUAUUCCGGAUCUUGGUCUCUGUAUUUGUGUCUAUGAUAUAAAUGAAAUUGGUGAUUCGUACAUUUUACCCGGCGAAGGAGAUUGUAGAGCGAGAGUUAAGUUCCGUAUGAUCGUUUUUCGGCCAUUUGUCGAUGAAGUUAUUGAGGCCAAAGUGAUUGGUUCAUCACGACAAGGUCUUUGUCUAACAAUUCAAUUCUUCGAAGACAUUUUUGUACCGGCGGAAAAGCUUCCAGAACCUCAUGUUUUCGAAGAAGAAGGGCAAGUUUGGUAUUGGGAAUAUGCACAGGAAGAUGGAGAACCACCAGCAAAACUGUAUAUGGAUCCAGGGAAGAUUGUGAGAUUCCGAGUGACGGAAAUCAUUUUCAAAGAUCUCAAACCAGAGUUAACACACGAAGAGAGAAAAACAGAGAAAUCUAUGGAAAUCAAAGGUACGAUGGCUAGUACUGGAUUGGGAUGUAUUGGAUGGUGGGCAGCAGAAGAUGAAGAUGAUGAAGCGGUUGAAGACGAGCAAGAUGAACAAGAAGAAGUUAUACAGCCCAAAGAAGAAAUUAGACAGCCUCAAGAAGAAGUUAGACAGCCUGUUAAAAUUAAAGAAGAGCCAGUUUAAUCAAAUUUUAAUUGAUUAUAACGGGUACACUGUUUUUACUUUUUGUUAUUGUUGAAUAAGUUGUUAUUUUUUCGUCUUGCAAAAUAAAUAUAAAGAUAGCUUGC